AUGCACAAUGCACAGCAGACACAAGAAUGGCCUUCAACGACGACUCGGAAACCGCGUCGAAUCAGUGUUGAUAGCCGUCGACGCCAAGAAGAAGACAUUGAUGAUCGGCCCCAGAUGCCUACUCGUUCUUCUGCAAUCGUGGAUAUGCCCAUGACGGACUUGUAUCCAACUGUGUCAAACCUAAAUCGCCAUGGGAUCGCCGUUGGCCAACUAUUGGAUAGUAGCCGCGUGACUGAUGAUCGCAUUGGCGAUGACGAUCGAUAUCGACAUCCCCAAAGCCAUCAAACGCCACAAGGAGAGGAAGUGCAGCUUCAACAGAUGUACCACCAACUACCUUCACCACCACAAAGGGCACGCCAGCAAGUUGAAGCUGUUCCUUCUCCUAGUGCCAACAUCAAUAUGAUUCAUAUUGGUGCGAUUGUCAACACUAAUGAGGGCGUCGCCACUAGUAGCAAUCGCCGUCCCCGACAGCGCCCGCAAAAUAUUUCGGUGCCAAAACGGGGAGUGAGACGCUGUAUGUCCGCAGUGACCAUGUCAUCCGACUUGGUUUCAUUUGAUGGGACAGAAUUUGAAGCCAUGCCUGCUGCGGAUGACUACAUGGACGACGACCAACUGCAAGAGUAUUUAGAUCAGCUAGCAAAAGAGGAAGAUCGGAAGUACCGAGAACGAGAAUCGCUGAAGGAAGAGUUAUGUUCGGCAUCAGCGAGCAAUGUCGAAGAUAGGGAAUCGCUAAGUCAACUUUUACAACAUCUGGAUUUUGGUGGUGAUGGAAGUAACGACGACCAUGAAGCAUACUUGAAUCGACUUUUGGAGGAACAAAUGCAAGCAGAGGAACAGUAUAUGAGCAAGGUUGCAAGAAGGGUAUCCGACAUGUCCUGCUGA